AUGGUCAAUCAAUCAAGAAUGCUCAUCAGCUCCCUAUGGAUUGCAGGUGCUGCUGCAUUUUCAAACGAUGUUGUGUUCCACAACAGACGAGGACAAACGUAUCAGAAUACUCGAUCGUUUCUAGCGUCGUCAACCUCGAGUCAAACUGAUUUGGGCGACACCAUUGUCGAUAUGAACAAAUACAAUCUGCCCUUGGAAGAGGUUGCAAACGAAUGGACGGCCAAUGUCGUGGCGGAAUCGUCAUUGAGAGAAGCUGGUAUUUAUUUGGGAGCCAAGAAUGACAAGUCGGUCUAUGUGGACACUCUUGCUGUCGGAAUUCCAAGACGAGUCGGUGAAGGCCUGGGCAUUCAGCUCCUCGAAAUAGCCGGGGGUCGAGAGGAUGGACUUGGAAUUACCGUGGUGGAUGGUAUUGUCGAGGGAUCCUGUGCCGAUGGAACCGAAGUUCUUGCUGGUGAUUCCAUUGCUGCUGUAACAUUGCGCAAGUCCAAAAAAGGAAGCGAUGGCCUCUCGGACUUUGAACAAGUGGACUCUAUCGCAACAGAAUGUUUUGGAUACGACAAGACAGUCGAAGCGUUGAUGAGCCUGCCACCUCCAGAAGGCGAAGGAGAAGUAAUCGUUUUGACCUUGAAGCGUCUGCGACGCAAACCAAAGGUGACAGUCAAGUUGCAAUAUCCUCCUCAACAAAACGAACCGGAUGCUACGAUUGAGCUCUUUGCCGGAGAAAACUUGCGUCGUGCCAUGUUGGUGCGAGGCGUCAAACUCAAUGAUCCUCUGAGUCUACGAUUUGACUCUGGUGGUACUGGCAACUGUGGUGCCGACGGAACAUGUGCAACCUGUGUGGUUGGUGUCUUGCAGGGUGACGACCUAUUGAGCCCCAAAGGACAACAGGAAGAACAAAUCCUGAAGAAGAAUCCUCGUUGGAGAAUGGCUUGCAAAACUGUCGUCGGAUAUGGCCAACAAGAAGGAGAUAUGACAAUAAGAGUGAAUCCACGACAGUGGGAUAAUUAA